AUGCCAGGGAAGUUUAACCCCGGGCUACUCCCCGGGGAGCAUGGGCCCAGCAAGGGCACCUUGCUAGGAGAUGGGGAGGUGAGCCAUUAUGGCUCCACUCCUCUGCCGCAGAGAGGGAGGUCGCUAGGGACCGGGACGAUCUUUGCAUGCUUCUUGGGUGUAGCCUCGUGCUUGGGGGAGGCAGAGGCUAGCUCAGAGGAAGUUUGCCAAAAGGGUCUCGGAACACUCUCAUUGGCAUGGCUGGCCCUGAUGGAGCUGGCUUUGGACCUUCACAUGUGGUUGAAUAGCAUUGUCACAGGCGCCACGAGCCUCCUGGCAGAUGGAAUUUCAGCGUGUCAGGCUUUUGAGGCCUGCCCGUUGUCGAAGCGCUUCGAGGGCAAGACCUUGCACGAUGCUGUGCCAAUGGUGACAGUGUUGAUGAUGAUGGGCAUUCUCUACUUUGUCUUCUUCUUGUGCUGCCUUCGUACGAAUCCUGCUUGCGAUCUUAGCACGCAGAUGUGCUGCCUUUUCCACGCUUCCUUCUUGAUGGCGCUAGUGUCUUACCAUCAAGCAGUCGUUACAGAUCCCGGUAGAGUUCCCGAAUCUUGGCGCGAGGGGCCAGGGACCAAAGAACGGCUUGCCUGCAUGAUCUUUGAGCGGAAGAAGUCCACCGGCGACAUGCGCUUUUGCAGCAAGGAAAUGAAGUACAAGCCAGACAGAUCGCACUUUUGUUCCAACGUGCAGCGGAAUGUGCUUCGCAUGGACCACUAUUGCCCAUGGAUGGGCAAUUGCAUUGGUUUUGCGAACUACAAGUAUUUCCUGCUGUUCCUGCUUUACACAGUCAUCUGCACCGACUCGGUCUUCGGGCUUGCCAUGACAGCCAUUUGGGCGGGCGCGUUGGUACCUGGGACCGCAGCAUUUGUGUUGGAAAGCUUAGCAUUGUCUGGCCUGCUCGGGCUUUGCCUGUCACCCUUCCUCGUAUUUCAUCUGUGGAUGCUCUGCAAGAACAUGACGACCAUCGAGUUCUGCGAACAGUUGGGGCGGGGCCAAUACAUCUCCCCCUAUGAUCUGGGAGCUUUCGCCAAUAUUCAGAGUGUUCUGGGUCGUAACAUGCUCUUCUGGCUUCUUCCGAUCUACUCCACUCCGGGAGAUGGACUGAGGUGGCAGCGGUCUUGCAGAAAUUUUGUUGAACCGGCAAAGAAGGCGGCAAGCAUGCAGAGACCGUGA